UGCUGUAACAGUAGUAUUUAUUUUGAGCUUUCCAUUUUUCUUUCUUUUUCAACUCUCAAUUCAAGCAGCUUUGGAAAAACCAACCAGCCAGCGAGUAUUUUUCACCUUCUGAAAUUUUUGAGUUGAUGAGUUUCUUGUUGAGCUGAAAAAGAAAUCUGAAUAAAAGUUUUCAGCUUCUGAAGAAGCUUGCUCGAGUGUGGAAUCACUGUGACAGGUGUUGGUUUGGUGAUACAGGGUUGGGGAGUGAAAAAUCAAUAUUUGCAUGGAAGCCAGAGAAGGUAUUAGUUCUGGGGUUACAGUGAUAGGGGCAGAAGCUCCAUCAGCUUAUCAUGUGGCGCCAAGGAGUGAAGCUCCAAACCAGGUUCAUGUCCCUGAUGGUGGUGGUGGUGGUGGCGGCGGCAUUGGUGGUACUGCAGCUAUUGGUAUCUCACCGGUAAGUGUGGGGUUGGAUGGAUCAGCAAAGAAGAAAAGAGGUAGACCAAGGAAAUAUGGGCCUGAUGGGUCUGUCACUAUGGCAUUGUCACCAAUGCCAAUCUCGUCUUCUGCACCAUCUUCUAAUGAUUUUUCAUCUGGCAAGAGGGGGAAAAUGCGGGGUAUGGAGUAUAAGCAGUCGAAAAAACUUGGUUUGGAUUAUCUAGGUGACUUGAAUGCAUGCUCUGAUGGUACAAAUUUUAUGCCACACAUCAUCACUGUCAAUGCUGGUGAGGACAUUACAAUGAAGGUGAUAUCCUUCUCUCAACAAGGGCCUAGAGCUAUAUGUAUCUUAUCUGCUAAUGGUGUCAUUUCAAAUGUUACACUUCGACAGCCUGAUUCUUCUGGGGGUACUUUAACUUAUGAGGGCCGUUUUGAGAUACUUUCCUUGUCUGGAUCAUUCAUGCCUACUGACAACCAAGGUACAAGAAGCAGGUCUGGUGGAAUGUCUGUCUCUCUGGCUAGCCCCGACGGCCGUGUUGUCGGUGGUGGAGUUGCCGGUCUUCUUGUAGCUGCCAGUCCUGUUCAGGUGGUGGUGGGAAGCUUUUUACCAAGCAGCCAGCAAGAGCAGAAACUAAAAAAGCCUAAGUCUACUGAUUAUGCAGCAGCAGCAGCAGCUAUUUCUCCGGUUAUUGCAGUGACUCCAACAACGGCGCCACUGCCACCGGCACCGGCGGCGAGCAAUCCUGAAAAAGAGGAUGUGAAUAUUAAUGUAAUGAGUGGAGCACAUGUGCUGCAAAAUUCAGGAAGUAUUAACUCUAACCUGAGUCCUCCGAAUGCCUUUAGAAGAGAUAACUGGGUGAACAUGCAUUCUAUGGCAGACUCAAGAAAGUCAGCUACUGAUAUUAACAUAUCUUUACCUGAUUGUUAAGUUGAAGAUCAACAACCUCAAGCACUCUUGCUGACAAAGUUCAUGACUCGGCUGUUUUAUUUAAUGUCUACAGUGAUUGUUUCAAACAUGUCUGAUGUCUGAUGUCUGAUGUCUAUUACCAUAGGAUGUAGUUUCAGUGUUGUAAGUUGCAGCUAGGUAGAGUAUCUGAUAUAUUAUUUAUCGGCUCAUUAGGUAGAUGCUGCACUCUGCAGUAUUAUGAGUAGGCUAAUUCGGAUGUAAUCAAAACCUGUUUGCAUAUUUAUUUAUGACUGCAUUUGUUGAAG